UAUGAUUCGUCCGGUUUUAAAGAGCCUGGAUUCAUAAUGGGCAACGGCAUCUGGUUGGGAUGUCGUGACACCUGCAAUGCAGUUAAAACACCCGUCAAUCUCAAAGUAUCCACACAUAUACCACAUAAAAUGAAUCCGAAAAUAUUGACAGAUACGGCGCCAUUUCCUACGGACUUCCGUGUCGUCAAUUUGUGGCACAAUUCCACAUGGCAAAUGGAUCCAGUAUAUAUCUUCUAUGAACCGCGAAUAAGUAUUGGUCUAUGUUUGCCAAGCGCUUGUACAAUA